AAUCACCGAGCCAAAUUCCGAGAAGUUGACAAAUUCUGGAAUAAUAUUGAGAAUGAAUAUAUGAAUGAAGAACUUAAUACAGAGGAGAAGGGAUUGCAGUUAGAUGAGAAAUCUAAUCGAAAACAUAGCUUAUCUGAUACACCCAAACGUACUGGUGAAAUAGAAUGUGAAACAGCUAAAAAGACCAAAACAACCCAAGAUCCAUCUACACUUGCUUCUUCUACCAGUUGCGAUGAUGAAACUGAAGAACAAGAUGAACAAAUUGAAAUCGAUCUUGUUGAUCUUAAGAAACAGUUGGAAAUGGAGCCAUUAAUUGAGUGGAAGGUUGGCAAUAUAAACGUCACACGGAAGUUUCGUCAGUACCAGCGAAGUGUCAUUGACAAGGUGAUAAGCUAUGGAUUGAAAUGGAGUGAUUCAUACGAAAUUUUGGCGUUCGCAUCAAUUAUUGUCCUUUCCUGGCCAUGCCCGUAUUCAAAGUUUUUUACCAACCGUGAAUGGGAUCAAGUAACUCGAACUAACCCAUAUGUGAUCCGGCAUCCUGUAAUACCAUCAUCAAUCUCAACAGUUCUUCGGGAAGUUGCAAUGAUGCAUUUAAUGGGCAAGGAAAGUCAUAUGCAAUCUGAUGAAUCAAAACUGAGUAAAGCUGUUGCUCGCACGUUCAACGAUUUAUGUGAUAUUCCUACCCAUUCUCCAACCAAAAUUUCCGAAGAAUUGCAUUGUGAUAUGCUUUUAUAUCCCUAUAUAAACUCAUUGUUUUUUGGACGCCUCGCAGAAUAUGAAGUUCGACUUAAUCGUACUGUAAGUGGCACAAAAAAACGGCCCGACUUCUCCUGUGUUGUCGAUGAUAUACCCAUACUUAAUUCUGAGAUUAAACCUCUCGGAGUAACACUGCUUGGAAAGAAGAAAGACUUCGCAAAAGUGCAUUUAAGAGCAAAAAAGUCAGUAAAUCAACAACUAAACCUAAAAGGAGGCCCUGGAGAAGCAGGAUCACUGAUAAACAUGGGCGAUGAAGUUGAAUCCUUUUUUAUGAACUUUAAGUAUGGAUUAUACUGUUCGUGGCCUUUUCAUAGAACCAGGUUGGCAACUGAUAAAGCUUCGAUGCCAUUAAUAGAAUCGAAUUUUUGUCAUUUUGUAGCGUUAGAGGAACGAGUAAAUAAACUUGCCGAGGAUUUUAAAGGACGCAAUCAACCAUUUACACCACCUCUACAAAUGAAAUUUAUGACCGAAUUUCCCGAUUCUCCACAACUUAAGCAGUUGCUUGAAUUAUCAUGA